ACCGUUGUCCAAAAGAGCUAUCGUAUGCAAUGACAGACACGACAGACUGAAGUUCAAAUAGCAGAAAUACCAUAUCCGUACAAAAUAUAGGCAACAUUUUCAUUGUAUUAUUCGCCUACUGAAGACAGUCUUCAAUAAUGUCAACCAGGACAUUUCUCUCCUCUGUUACUAUCAAUUAUUUUGGCUUCACAAUGGCGCUGGAUUAUUCCAUCGUGCUGUUAACUAUCGAAGAACUAUGGACCUCUCUUGGAGGAAGUCUAAUGCUCUAUGGCUUCGUGUUUGGUAUUUAUGCCCUUAGUCAGUCUGUUAUAACGCCAUUGCUUGGCUAUAUAUCCGACGUCCGAGGCAUAAAGUUCACAAUGGUCUUAUCAUUGGUUUUGAAUGCCCUUGGGAAUAUUUUGUACGGCUUUUCAUUCAUCUCAGACUCUGCAAACAUGAUUUUGAUUGGCAGAUUUGUGUCUGGUUUAGGCGCUGGAUCUUUAGUGUUGGGAGUCGUAUACUUGACGAACGUUUCUUCGCGAGAUAUGCGAGGGAAAGUGAUUGCAGGUUUUAAGCUUUCUCAAGCGAUAGGAUACUUCGGUGGACCUAUGAUAGGAAUGAUAUUUGUGACAAUGAAGUCGCCACAAAAGACUUCAAGUACGGCGACCAAAAUAUUUAACAUGUACACACUCCCAGCAUGGGUUGCCCUUGGGAAUGUCAUCUUCAUCGUCAUUCCAGCCGUAAAAUAUUGCUUCAAGAACCCGUUAUCCCCUCACAUGGCUCUCAAAUAUAACCACAAAGAAGCUAAAGAAUUAGUUAUUCACACAAUUUUCCUAAUACCGGUUUUAUUUCUGGCUACGAUGUGUUACUGGAUCAUUGCCAGUGACUUAUUCACUCUAGCAUUUGGACAAUAUCAUUUGAUAACUUCGAACAAAGAUUUAUGGAAAGUUUAUGUUUCGGCUGGCGUGACUUUAGUCAUGUCGUGUUUGUUUAUUCGUGUCACAAUCCAUAGAAUCCGAAAAAUGUCGUCAGAAAUUUUCACGGUUCUUGGGCUUUUGAUUGUCAGCAUUGGGCUUAUGCUUUUCGCAGAUUUUGGGAUACAAGACUAUCGCGUCUCGACAGCGUUCUAUUACAGCGGAGUUGCCCUGAUCGUUUCCGGUGGAGCAUCGUUUUUCACGGGUAUAGGUACGUAUUACUCACGCAAGGUAACAGAUUUAAGUCAUCAAGCCAGGAAUCGAAGAGGGUUUUUCCUCGGAUUGUUCACUUUUGCAGAAAGUUUUGGUCGAUUCGUGGGCCCAGCGACGUCCUCACUGAUUCUAUUUGUCGAGGAAAAACCGAAGAAAACGACGACACUGUUCAAGUGCGACCUAAUUAAUCUCAUACCAGACGGAUGUCACGUAAGGAACUUAAGCGUGACAAUAGCAUUCCUUUGUACAGUUCUUGUACUCUUGUCCGCUUGUUUUGUCGUCUAUCAUCGCCGUUACGGGAAAUGUCAAGUUGAUAUUUCGCUUUUAAGUCUAGAGGAACUGCCAAUGCCUCAGCCUGGCGAGGGAAGGUUGUCGUUCAGAGAGGAUAAUUAUGUAUCAGAUGAUUUGAAUGCUGAGCUCAACAUCGAAUUGAAUCCACCAAGGUCAAGAAGUGUCAGUCAUGUCUCCAACAAUUCUAUGAAAAACUCACAAAGUAGUUCACUUAAUAAUAAUACUCUAUGAAGCUCUAUUCCUCAUACCAGUAGCUGGCUGAAGAUAACAAGGUAACAGUUCAAAGGAAAUCCCUUGGGAUCCUUUUGGAAAAACAUUAACCCCUUGCACGAAAUCCCUACCUGGGGUUCAAAAUAAAGUGAAUUAUUAGUGUGGUUUUCAAUAUUCUGCAAACUUGUUAGUCACAGGCUGCACGCUGAAAUUUGAUUGUUGGCUGCUGUUGAUUAAAAAAUAAUCAGUCAGUACCCUUUAUGUUGUUGGCUGGUGGCGGUGAAAAACCAAUUUUGCAACAAGCCAUUAGGAUGUCUGAGUUCGCUGAAUAUGGAAGACCGCAGUAACAUUGAAAAAGGUUUCAAUCCUCAAGAGAAGGGAGUCCUUUUUUAGACAACCAGAUUGAGAGUCAGUAUGAGAGUUUUAAAC